AGAAUUCAGUUGUUGCUCAAAGGCCACAUCAUAAAAGUCGAGGGCGGUAGCCGGUUAAUAGAAAAGAAAUCAAUUUACACACUCGAAGCCGCUGGUGAAAAUUGAGUACCAACAGUUGGAGCAGGCAGUUAAUUACCCUUUUCGAUAAUCGAGCUAGUGAAUCCCCGGCGAAACGGCCAACCCGAGAGAUAUAGUGAACACCGUUUGUGGAGGUGACUCAUCAGUACACUGCAAUUACAUAAAUUUAUGAAAUCGAGCACACCUCAUCCACGGUCGAUUUGGAUACUUACAGCUUGCUGGUUGCUCCCCCUGCUCGGCCUAGCCCUCUCCCCGUUUCCAUCGGUCCAUUCGGCUGACGUCACCAUGGCCGACGCCGCCCACCAGGAGUUCGCCCGCCGGCUGGCCCUUUUCUCUAUCAACGUGUACGGCAAGCUGUCGGCGCAGAAGCCCGGCGAGAACAUCGUCUUCUCGCCCUUUUCCAUCCAGACCUGUGCGGCGAUGGCCAGGCUGGGUGCAGAAAAGGAGACGGCUACGCAGCUGGACCAGGGACUGGGUUUGGCCUCUAGCGACCCAGAGCAAAUCGCACAGAGUUUCCACCAGGUGCUGGCCGCCUACCAGGACAGCCAGAUCUUGCGCAUCGCCAACAAGAUUUUCGUGAUGGAUGGCUACCAGCUGCGCCAGGAGUUUGACCAGCUGUUAUCCAAGCAGUUCCUCUCGGCGGCUCAGAGCGUGGACUUUUCCAAAAAUGUCCAAGCAGCGGCAACCAUCAACAAUUGGGUUGAGCAGCGGACCAACCACCUGAUCAAGGAUCUUGUGCCGGCUAGUGUAUUGAACUCCGCCUCGCGACUGGUCCUUGUGAACGCCAUUCACUUCAAGGGCGCCUGGCAGCACCAGUUCAGUAAACACUUAACCCGCCCGGACACCUUUCACCUGGAUGGCGAGCGGACCGUUCGGGUUUCGAUGAUGAGUUUAAAGCAGAGUCUCCGCUAUGCCGAUCUGCCGGCGCUAGAUGCCACGGCCCUGGAACUGCCCUACAAGGACUCAGACCUCUCUAUGCUGAUCGUUCUGCCCAAAACCAAGACGGGUCUGCCCGCCCUGGAGGAGAAGUUGCGCCUCACGACCCUCUCGCAGAUCACGCAGGCGUUGUACGAAACAAAGGUGGCGCUCAAAUUGCCCAGGUUCAAGGCAGAGUUCCAAGUGGAGUUGUCUGAUGUUUUCCAGAAGCUGGGCAUGUCAAGGAUGUUCUCCGAUCAGGCUGAAUUCGGAAAAAUGCUACAAAGUCCGGAGCCAUUGAAAGUGUCAGCCAUCAUACACAAGGCCUUCAUAGAAGUCAACGAGGAGGGAACGGAGGCUGCUGCCGCCACGGGUAUGGUCAUGAGCCUCACUUCGCUGCCCAUGCCGAAGCCGGAUCCGAUACGUUUCCAUGUCGACCAUCCAUUUACAUUUUACAUCCUUAACAAGGACUCAACCGCUCUCUUUGCUGGCAGCAUAAAGAAACUCUAAAUAAGCAAACAUACUAACACCAAUCCACAAUGUUACUCGAGGGUCUCUUAUUCAUUUAACAUGCAGGUGGGUCAGUCCUAUAUUGCUGGCUUGUCGAGCAUAUUCAGCUUUUACCUUGUCUGUAAGGAUAUACAAAACAUUAGUGAUGAUCUUAUAUAUACACUUAAUAUUUUUGUACUAACCAAGCAUGUGGCCUCAAUAAAGUCUAAAAGCAAAUGUCUAAAA